CUUUGCUCUUCCCCAACACUCCUUUCCCUUUCCGCUUCUCCCCACUCUCUCCCUCUCUCUUCCUCAGCACUCCUUCACCGGCAGCAAAAAGCUUCGACGCAGACCUCCGGGACAAAAUCACCAAACUGUCCAGUCUCAUCUUUCUCCGUUCGUCGCUGAUUCCCCUGCUUCUUCGCGGGUUUUGGCUUUCAUCGAGAAUGGCCAAGUGUCACCACCACAACGUCGGAUCUCUAGUCCUGGAUCACUCCCCGACUUCCUCCGCCGCCGCCUCGGGGGCUGGUAAUUUCCGUCUCUGGACUGCCUUCUCCGCCGCUUCAUUUCGCCGUAAAAUCUUCGACGCCGUCAGCUGCGGAGGAAGCUCCCGAUACGGUCACCACGAUCUUGAUGAUGUCGCCGACGACAUUUCCUCCACCGACACCGCCGUCUCAGCGAAGUCCGCCUUGGCGCCGUCGCCGGCGUUGGCGGCGUCGAGCGAGGGUGCAACGAGUGCUAGUAGCGAACAGAGGUGCGGGAAAUCAGCUGUGAGGAGUGUGAAAUCGGAGAGGCUGUCAGAUCUCUUGAGCAUUGCGGAGGUGGAGAGCGAGGCGGAGACGAAGAAGAAAGUCGAAGCGUUGGAGGAGCUGAAGCGAGCGGUGAAGGAAUUGCAGUUGGAAGACGAAGAAGAGAAGAGGAAAGAAGCUGCUCGCCAGGUGAGGUUACUAGCGAAAGAAGAUUCUGGAGCUAGAGUCACUUUGGCUAUGUUAGGUGCGAUUCCUCCUCUAGUCGGCAUGCUCGAUUUCGAAGACGCCGAUUCUCAGAUCGCUUCCCUCUAUUCCUUGCUCAAUCUCGGCAUCGGGAACGACGAGAACAAAGCUGCCAUUGUCAAAGCAGGGGCUGUCCACAAGAUGCUAACGAUUAUAUCAUCUCCCAACGCUCCAAACCCAUCAGUAUCCGAGGCAAUAGUAGCUAAUUUCCUCGGAUUGAGCGCACUGGACUCGAACAAACCGAUCAUCGGUGCUUCAGGUGCAAUCCCAUUCUUGUUAGGUACUUUAAAGGAUUCAGAUCACAAGACCAGCCCUCAAGCAAAACAAGAUGCUCUCAGGGCUCUUUACAACCUGUCGAUCGACCCAUCGAAUGUCACGUUUAUUCUAGAAACGGAUAUGGUCCAGUAUCUCCUCAAUGUAGUGGGGGACAUGGAAGUAAGUGAAAGGAUCCUUUCAAUUUUGAGCAAUGUAGUAUCAACCCCUGAAGGCAGAAAGGAAAUCAGCAGCGCAAAGGAUGCAUUCCCGAUUCUGGUCGACGUGUUGAACUGGACCGAUUCGCCCGGUUGCCAAGAGAAGGCCUCUUACAUUUUGAUGGUGAUGGCUCAUAAAUCAUAUGGAGAUCGACAGGCAAUGAUUGAGGCUGGGGUCGUGUUCUCCCUGCUUGAAUUGACCCUUCUGGGGAGCGCUUUGGCACAGAAGAGGGCUUCGAGGAUACUCGAGUGCCUCAGAAUAGAUAAAGGGAAGCAAGUUUCCGAGCAUUAUGGAGGCAAUCUGGGGCCGGCAGUUUCUGCUCCUAUAUGUGGCACGUCGUCAUCUUCUGCUCAGGUCGACAACGAUACCAACGAGUGCUUGCUGGAGGUGGAAGGCAUGAUGAGCGAGGAGAAGAAGGCGGUGAAGCAAUUGGUGCAACAGAGUCUGCAGAACAACAUGAGGAGGAUUGCCAAGAGGGCCAAUUUGCCUCAGGAUUUCGCGCCCUCGGAGCACUUCAAGGCACUCACAGCAAGUUCAACCUCCAAGAGUUUACCUUUUUGAUGCCGCAGUAGCAACAUGAAGUUAGUAUUCUUCUUACACCCCCCCUGCUGCGCUUACAUUUAUUACUAGCACCCAAUCCAGUUUUAAUCUUCCAUUAGUGAAAUCAUUUUUUAGUAAAGAUUCUUUCUCGACCGAAUCUGGUAAACACUAUGAAACAUGCAUAGGAACACCAGCUAGAACCAAAGGACCCAAAUCUGGAGCAUUCCCUAUAAACCAAUAUGUCAAUUUUCAACAUAGUACAUUUUGGCCUGCCUCUCUUUUGUCCCAUUCUCUGAUUCCUACUAAAGGGAAGGUAAAAAAAAUGGUAACGAGCUGAAAAAUACCCUUGCAUUGUAAAGAAACAGGGACCAUGCAUCGCCAGCUUUCUCAUCUGGAGAUAAAAAUAUAAAGCCCUUCCAAUUAUGUCGCCUUUUUUUUCCCCCUUUGUUGCUUGGACCUACAACAAUUACAUCUACCUGCUUUCCCCGUCCCUUUUUUCACUCUGCUUUUUUGGCUACUCCCCCGAAACUAGAUCGUGUUUGUGGGCAAAUGACAAUGCCCUCACUUCCUCUUCUCUUUUUUAUUUAAUCGGCACACCAUAAUAUCGGGGAUGCUUAUGACUUAUGAGAUGAUGCAUUACAUGUGCGGUAGCAGUGACCUUGGUUUGCUGAUCCAUUUAUGCAUUCUUCUUCUCUCCCUUUUGUUUAUUCACUUACAGAUCACUAUAGACAGAUCCGUGGAGGCUCUACUAAAAGAGGAGUGAGAGAAGGAGCGUGGGGAGGAAAUGGCACAUGAGCUUGCUUUCCAGAAUUGCUUCGCAGAGCAGAGCACUCACUAUUUUCUUCUCACCCCCACCAAAACCACCACGACGAUGCACAUAAUUUAGGUGACGAAAAUUUCUAAUAUCUUUUUUUAUUUUUAUUUUAGGUGACUAUAUAGUAAUAUCUACAUGUUAGUGGUUAGCAGUAGCCAUAUUAGUGGUACGGUAUGGUCCUUUCUUUUAUGUUUGCUCGCUGUAAUGGUUCUGGUCUCCCCCUACUCCCUCCAUGUUCUUUGUCGUGCAGCCUGUUCUUUACUGUUUUGUCCACCCUGUAAAUAUUCUGCCUCCCUCCUUAAACAAUUUUCCAUGGAUCUGAUCUAAACCCCGAUUUUGUUGGAAGGGUUGAAUAAUUCUUCUUAGUUUAUGGACUAGUUUACUGAGGGGGACAGCUAUGGAAGUGAUUUCUUCACUCACAGUACAGCGGUCCAUUAUUAUAACCGAUUGAUCCAGCCUAUUGGUUUGCCGGUGGUUACCUGGAAGCAAUUGUGCUACAGUGCUGCUGACGUUGUUGGGUCGUCGCUAUGCGUUCCCUGUCAGUCGUUGACAGGGAACGUGGGACGGAGCUAGUGACCCGAUAGCCUCACUAGUGCAGUAGUACUGUAACCGAAUUCAGCUGCUAAUGAAAUGUAGUGCUAAACUUAUGUACCAUUUCUAGGUUUUAAUUCUAUGGGGAGCAGAGCAGGUAACUCCAGCAACGUGUUGGUGUGCGUAUUAAAUGGUCAUGAUGGCAAACACCAAAGGAUGAUGCCAUGGCAGGUUGAUGGAGGUGUCUACCAAUUGCAAUUAUUACUGCGUGCUGAAAUCAUCGAUGGAUGCAAAUCAAAGUGAUGAGUUCUGAGCUUAGGUCUGCAUUCAAAUUUGGCAAUUUUUAGUAGGGUUUUGGGUUGGGACGGAUGAUUGAGUCAGAUCGUUAGGGGUAUAAUGACCCAGAAGAAGCAAUUGCAUUUAUUUAUGGAGAAUUGAGUGCAGAGAGAAAGAGAGAGAGGGAUGGUACGACAAUGUUUGGUGUUCCUAUUUUCGUGACUACAAUUGAAAGGGUCGCACGCAGGCGGAGGUGAAAGGACAUGAUUUUUGGGCCCGGCUGAUUAAGCACGGUUUGUGUAUCAAAGUUCGAUCAUGACAUAAGAUGUUUGGACUAAGAAUUAAAAUUGAAAAGGCCCA